UGGAGCUGAUUGAGGCAGGCACUGCGGCUCCGCUCUCUCAGUCCGCCCGGUGGCCGCCAUGUUGAGCUUCGCUGGUCGCCGCUGUGUCGCCUCGGCCGCCUCCCUCCUACGCGGGAGCGGGACGAGGCCGCUCCAGGACCUGCUCCAGCUUCGCAGCGGGGCCGUCGCCUCCGCCACCGAGGCCCGCCGAAACUAUGCUGCACAAACAGCACCUGCAGCUAAAGCUGGAGUGGCUACAGGGCGCAUUGUUGCUGUCAUUGGUGCUGUGGUGGAUGUCCAGUUUGAGGAGGCCCUGCCACCCAUCCUCAAUGCUCUGGAAGUACAAGGCAGAGACACACGGCUGGUCCUGGAGGUAGCACAGCACUUAGGUGAGAAUACUGUUCGUACCAUUGCUAUGGAUGGUACCGAAGGCUUGGUGAGAGGCCAAAGGGUUUUGGAUUUAGGUGCCCCUAUUAGAAUCCCUGUAGGACCCGAGACCCUGGGCAGAAUCAUGAACGUGAUUGGAGAGCCAAUUGAUGAGAGAGGCCCCAUAACAACAAAACAGUUUGCUGCUAUUCAUGCAGAAGCUCCAGCCUUUGUUGAGAUGAGUGUCGAACAGGAAAUCCUUGUCACCGGCAUUAAAGUUGUGGAUCUCCUUGCACCUUAUGCCAAAGGUGGUAAAAUUGGCCUGUUUGGUGGUGCUGGUGUAGGCAAGACAGUAUUGAUCAUGGAGCUGAUUAACAAUGUUGCCAAAGCACAUGGUGGCUACUCUGUGUUUGCUGGUGUUGGGGAGAGAACCCGUGAAGGAAACGACUUGUACCAUGAAAUGAUUGAAUCUGGAGUCAUCAACCUGAAGGACGCUACAUCCAAGGUCGCUCUUGUUUAUGGACAGAUGAAUGAGCCACCAGGUGCUCGUGCUAGGGUUGCUCUAACUGGGUUGACUGUGGCUGAAUAUUUCAGAGACCAGGAGGGCCAGGAUGUAUUACUUUUCAUUGAUAAUAUCUUCCGAUUCACACAGGCUGGAUCCGAGGUGUCAGCUUUGCUGGGCAGAAUUCCCUCAGCUGUGGGAUACCAGCCUACUCUGGCAACUGAUAUGGGUACCAUGCAGGAAAGGAUCACAACAACUCAGAAGGGCUCUAUCACCUCAGUGCAGGCCAUCUAUGUACCAGCUGAUGACUUGACUGAUCCAGCUCCUGCGACCACAUUUGCCCACUUGGACGCCACCACUGUGCUGUCGCGUGCCAUUGCUGAACUGGGCAUUUAUCCAGCUGUAGAUCCUCUAGACUCCACCUCCCGUAUCAUGGAUCCCAAUAUUGUGGGGCAGGAACAUUAUGAUGUGGCCCGUGGAGUGCAAAAGAUCUUGCAGGAUUAUAAGUCUCUCCAAGACAUCAUUGCUAUUUUGGGUAUGGAUGAGUUAUCCGAAGAGGAUAAAUUGACUGUGGCCCGUGCGCGUAAGAUACAGAAAUUUUUGUCCCAGCCCUUCCAAGUAGCUGAGGUCUUCACUGGCUAUGCAGGGAAGCUGGUACCACUGAAGGAAACCAUUAAAGGAUUCCAGCAGAUCCUGACAGGAGAGUAUGACCAUCUCCCUGAACAGGCUUUCUACAUGGUUGGACCCAUUGAGGAGGCAGUGGCAAAGGCUGAUAAGCUGGCUGAAGAGCACUCAUGAGUCUCUUGCUAAGUCAAAACUUGUUCUCAGAUCUUCAUUGGUUCAUGUUGUUGAGGUUCCUCCUUUGGAAGUUGCGUAACACGUCUGCAGAAUAUUUAAAUGUUUCCAAUAAAACAUCUGGUGAGAA